AGAAAGUGAGACCAUUGAAUCGUCGACUGUCAGAAUCACACGCUACUCCGACACUCUCCUAGUCGCCGAAAAAAUGAGAACCUACACACUCGUGUUCGUCGUCCUCGCGACCGUCCUUCUCUAUACUGAACAUGUCAAUGCGGCGGAAAUAUGUCCUAAAGAGAACUGUGUUACCCCUGAAAAGUGCGAAAUACCAGUGAUGAAUACCCAAGUUCUAUGCCAGGAACAGGGUACCUCUUGCUGCAGUCUAGUUAAAAUGGAAUACAGAACUCAUUGCCGUCACUACGGUGGAGAGUGCAUGGAUAGAUGUGGUACGAGUCUACAACGCCAAGCAAUCGACUGUCCGAGCAAUAAAGUCUGUUGCGUUUUGGUUUAAAAGUAAUUAAGAUGUAUGUGACAAAUGUCCAAUAACAUAAUCAAAUCUCCAGCAACUUUAAUAUAAUAUUAAAAUAAUGUUGCUACGUAUAGAUAUCAUUUAUGUAAAUUAAAAAUUUUGUAUAUUUUAAUAAGAAUUGAAAGUAUUUAUUGAUAAAAACAAUGAUAAGUUUUUUUAAUUGAUAGAUCAAUACUUGUAUCAAGCAAGUUUUUCGAAAUUGCACUUAAGUACAUUGUUUUCAAAAUCGACGAUUUAUGUAUGUGCACUAGUGUAAUUUUUAUAGAUAUUAAAUUUUAUAUAAAUAAAAAUCUUAUAUAAUUACAA